UGCGCGAGCACGAGGGUUCCGCGUGGAUGACGGUAUAAAGCGGAGGCGGUAGGGUUGAGACAAAAGUCUACGUCAGGAGGACCCGGUGUGUGAGGAGAGCGAGGACACAUAUCAGAGAUGUACAGAGUCAAUAAAAGCAGCAUGACCACACCCAUGUCCUUCCCCAGCAUGGGUACGGCCCCUUUCUUUAAGGUGACUGUGUUUGAGCAGGAGCAUUUCCAGGGCAAGAACUUGGAGUUCACCUCCGAGUGCUGCAACAUCCACAACUGCGGCCUGGACAACAUCCGUUCCAUCCGAGUGGAGAGUGGAGCCUGGGUGGGCUUCGAGCACCACAACUUCCAGGGCCAGCAGUUUGUCCUGGAGAGAGGCGAGUACCCCAGCUGGGACGCCUUCAGCGGCUCCCUCUCCUAUCACACAGAGCGCCUCAUCUCCCUUCGCCCCAUCUACUGUGCCUCACAUCAGAGCAGCCGCAUGAGGAUCUUUGAGAUGGAGAACUUCAACGGCCGCAGCACCGAGCUGUGCGACGACUACCCCUCCCUGCAGGCCAUGGGCUGGCUCACCCCUGAGGUGGGCUCUAUGCAUGUGCAGUGUGGAGCCUUUGUGUGCUAUGAGUACCCGGGCUACAGAGGCCAGCAGUACAUCAUGGAGUGUGAGAGACACAGUGGAGACUACCAGCACUGGAGGAACUGGGGCUCCCACUGCCAGACUCCCAAGAUCCAGUCCAUCAGACGCAUCAGGCACUGAGAGGGAAACACAUGCGCACCGGCCGCAGCAGCAGAGGCUGGGCUCAGGCUAUCACCUGGGCCCCUGCUUUGGAUAUGAGUCCAAAAGGCAACUGAGCUGAGGGCUUCUUUAAGACAAUGCACACCAUUGGUGAUGUAGCAGCUACCUCUUUAUUCUCGCUUAGAUUCCUAUUUCUUCUAAUACUCAUUUUGUUUUAGUGAAA